AUGCCACGAAGAUCUACUAAUCCAAGCGAUCUAGUUCACAUUUUCCGUAAUGCGCGAAAAAAUUUGGAGCGUGGUAAUUUCGAAAGCUCAGUAGGAUUGUACUUGCUUGGCUAUGUGAAAUGCAAUUCGCAUUUCAUCCACACCGCAUAUGCGUCAUUGCCACAAUUCAUCGAGCUUUUCCCGAAAUGCGGCAAAAUCUUCGUGAUCGUCUUGAAAGCUUAUAGCAGUGUGGUAACGAACGCCACGUUUAACAAUUGUUUGAAAUUAUGCGAUGAAGCGAUGAGGCGUGCGACACUCGACGACACCGAUCGAAUAGUUCUUCGCAUUAUAUAUUGCAAUUUGAUCUCGAUGCCAUUCUCCCAAUGGCACCUUAAAAUGGUCAAUGACAAAAAUCGAAAUGAAAUGUUCCAUGAAGCCGUGCGAAAAUGUAUCAAAACCGAAUCCGAUGUAGUUAUUGACAUUGGAAGUGGAACUGGAUUGUUAUCGAUACUUGCAGCGAGGUAUUCAAAAAAUGUGUUUGGAAUUGAGGAAAAUACAGUGUUGCACAAUUUAGCGAAAGAGGUUGUCGAGCGAAAUUCAGUCGAACAACGGAUUACACUUCAUAAUUGCAAUUCGAACCAAUUUUCGGGCAAAAAGGCUGAUAUAAUUAUUGCGGAAUUGCUCGAUUGUUGCGUUUUUGGCGAAAAAAUUGUCGAAACUCUUAUUGAUGCUCAUCAACGCCUCGCAACGCCUACAACAAUUAUAAUACCUUCAAAUGCCACAAUAUUUGUUCGGCUUUUCCGAAGCUCAAAAGUUUUUGCAACACACGCCAAUGGAAUAUAUCGUUCAAAAUUCGUGAGAACUGAAAAACCUGCCGAGGAGCCUUAUUGGCCAUGCACUCUUCAAGAUUAUCCCGAUAUUCAAUUUCUUAGUGAACCAAUUCCAGUAUUGAGCUUAAAUUUUAGUUUGGAAGAAUUGUUGAAUGUUAAAAACUUGUCGAAAAUUCUUAGAAUUGAAGUUGAAGAAGAUGGCGAAGCUCAUGGAGUAAUCGCAACAUUCAGGGCGAAUCUCACACCUGAUGGCUCGUGCUCAUUAGAUUCAAGCGAAAACUCGCAUUGGGACGCCGCUGUAUUUCCUUUCGCCGAACCUCUACCCGUGAUUAAAGGCGCAUCAGUUGAAGCGAAAAUAUCCGUUAGCGACCAUCGAUUUGACCUCGAAGUUGCCCACAAAACUAAUAAUGGUCCUUAUAAAGUCGUUCCAAUGGAAGUUAUUGCGCUGAGAAAUGAUGAAAAGCUUAUGAAAAAUUUCGAGAAACUUCGAAAAGAUGUUGGAGAUGAGAAGUAUUUGCUGAAUAUGACGAAAUGCUGCGAUUUUGGAGUUGAGUAUGGAACACGUGAAAGUUUUACGCGCGAUUUUACUCAUCUUGCAACAACUCUUGUCAAAGGCGAUGGAAGCUGGGAUCCACUAGCAUUUAUGAGGCUCGAAGGGGCCAUUCAGAUGCUCGCAAAAUUAAAGAAAAUUGCUCCAAGUCGUUUAAAAAUCAUCGGUCGGCUAUUCUCGUCGGAACGAGUUGAUCGCGAAUCUCGAAUCUGCUCGAACUCCCAUUGUGGAAUCGAUUUGUCAACAAUUUCAAUGUAUAAUUUGAGAGAAAGCCGAGAAAUUUAUAUAGAAGAUCGACCGGACAUUCAAUGGGAGUCGCAAGAGUUUGACAUUUUCGAGUUUGAGUUCAAACUGGAGAAUAUUGCAAAAUAUCGGACAAUUUCGAAGAAAUUCACGGUGAAUUGCGAACCGAAAACUGAGAAAAUUGAUGGAGUCAUCUAUGAAUUUGAAAUUGACGGCGAGCGAAAUAUUAAAUCGAGACCGAUGGCCGCAUUUCUUUUCGAAAAUCGCGUUUCGCUUCAACAAAAAUCGAUUGAGCUGAUAUUUGACAUGUACGCAGGUGAAAUUCUCAUUUCUCAAGUGUAG